AACAAUGGCGACCAAAUUUGCUUCACUGUGUUUGACUAAUUUUGUCCUAAAUGAACAGUCUAUACUCUAGUUUGUUCAUACAUCUUAAUUUUAAAGUAUUUUUCAAACAGUCACACGUUUCAUUAAUCCAUGUGGCCUGUGUGUAUUGUAAUGACAGAUCAUGAAAUUAGAUGAGUUUCAGAUUUGCUUUGACAACCAGCGAGGUGUCUUUUGUGCUGGGGAGAAUGUUUCUGGGAAUGUUGUGGUUAAGCUGACAAAACCAAUGAAGAUGAGAUGCUUACAACUUUAUUUUGAGGGUCGAGCUAAGUCCCACUGGGAAGUGAAGCAUAAUCGCAAUAAAACAGACUACAGAGCAGAAGAGAGUUAUAUUAGCCAUACAGUCACAUUAUUUGGCACAGGACAGAACAGUACAGAACAUCCUGCAGGAAUUCACUCGUAUCAAUUUGUCCUUCCGCUGUCUUCAAACUUGCCUUCAUCGUUUGAAGGGAAGAAAGGCUAUGUGAGAUACUUCUGCAAGGCAACCAUCAACCGACCCUGGAAAUUUGAUGAGCACAUUAAACGAGCAUUUACUGUAAUUCAUCAUUUAGAUUUAAAUGCAGAGCCUACUGCCUCAAUGCCUGUGUGGGGGGAGCAAGAGGAAACUAUAGAAGGAUGCUGCUGCUCAUCAGGUGUUAUUCAAGCUCGAAUGACUCUAAACAAAACAGGUUUCGUACCUGGUGAACCAUUGAAUUACACUGUUGAUGUUUUCAACCAAACAGACAAUGAUGUAACAGGGCUUGAAGUUGAUCUAAGACAGGUUGUAACAUAUACUGGCUAUUCAGACAGUAUUUUUUCUCAUGGACUUCCAAAGUACCACACAAAAACAAACAACUUUUCUCUAUUUACUGAAUCAUUCCAUGUAAAGAGGCAUUCAGAGGGACACAUCAGCCAAUCUAUAUGUAUACCUGCAUUGCCACCAUCUCGUCUUGAUGGCUGUAAAGUUAUUGAUAUCUCUUAUUUUGUUUAUGUACGACCUGUUGCAAGAUGGUCAUCUCUGCAAAUAGAAAAGCAGAUAAUAAUUGGCACUAUACCACUGCAAAGUCCGUUAGACCCUGUGCCAUCUUAUGGUGAAGUGUUCCAUGCUCCAGUCUCACCAUCUGCCCCUCCAUUAGACAUAGCCCCACCACCUUACCAGGAGCCACCCCCUACCUAUGAAGAGAGUGUGUUUGGCCAUGUUGAAAUUAGAGAUGAAAAUGAUGACUCACAUACUACUGGUAAUAUGUCUUGGGCGCCAUCUUAUCCAUAUUAUCAGUGGGAUCCAAACACCAGGCAUUUUCAGAUGAUUGCUUCCAUGGGUGGGGGUGGUGGAGAUGUUGGUGCUGCACCAGUUGCCAAUCUUGCUAUGUCCACACCGUGUCCACCAUACAAUCAGAUCUAAGGUGAUCAGUUUGAUGUCUCACAUAGCUUAGAACAAAAGAAAUACCAGUGACUAUAUGAUAUCACUUCAGCUUUGAUUUCUCAAUACAUUGACCAACAGAAUUUCUGGUUAAUAUCCUCCACCUUAUGGAAAUAAUAAAAAGAUUUCUGCAAUGCUUGUGUGAAAAUUUAAAAAAAAAAAGGACCUUUCAUCUCAUCGCAUAAAACUAAAACAUUAACUGCAAUUGAUAUUUUCAAUUACAGUCUGGAUGAGCAACAAUUAUUCAACAUGCUUUAAUUCUUCCAUUGAGAUUUACUUACGGUGUAAUGAUGCCUAUAAGAAGUUGUCUCCCUGGAUUAGUCUUGUGAACUCUUUUUCUCUAGAACUUCAACAAAGAAAAAAGAACAUUACAAGUAUCACAAUACUAAUACAACUUCAUAUUAUCAAUUUGCAAUAAAACAAAACUUGAUGUUAAGCAUCAGUAGGAACAUAGGGUAAAUAUUUAUUUUGCAAAUAAUUUAGCGUCUUUUAACUCCAUGUAAUAAUUACAUGAUUUAUGUGGGGUUUUUUUUUAUAAAAAUGAACUACUUGGACUAGAAUCAAUUAUCUACAUAUGCAUACUGCAGGGUUGAUUUUAGAAAAGGGAUCUCUCUUUAAAGUAUUUUCAUUUUAAAAACGUUUGAAAUUAAAUUAAGGAGAAACUUAAAAAAUUCAUGUUUAGCAUAAUUUACCAUAGUAUGGUGUUACUGAGAACAUUAAGAUAUCCACUUGAUUAAUCUUACAACUUUUUU